AUGGUGUUGCUGAGAGUGUUAAUCCUGCUCCUCUCCUGGGCGGCGGGGCUGGGAGGUCAGUAUGGAAAUCCUUUAACUAAAUAUAUUAGACAUUAUGAAGGAUUAUCUUAUGAUGUGGAUUCAUUGCACCAAAAACACCACCGUGCCAAAAGAGCAGUUUCACACGAGGACCAGUUUUUACGUCUAGAUUUCCAUGCCCAUGGAAGACAUUUCAACCUACGAAUGAAGAGGGACACUUCACUUUUUAGUGAUGAAUUUAAAGUAGAAACAUCAAAUCAAGUACUGGAUUAUGAUACCUCUCAUAUUUACACUGGACAUAUUUAUGGUGAAGAAGGAAGUUUUAGCCAUGGGUCUGUUAUUGAUGGAAGAUUUGAAGGAUUCAUCCAGACUCAUGGUGGCACAUUUUAUGUUGAGCCAGCAGAGAGAUAUAUUAAAGACCGAACUCUACCUUUUCACUCUGUCAUUUAUCAUGAAGAUGAUAUUAACUACCCCCAUAAAUAUGGUCCACAGGGGGGCUGUGCAGAUCAUUCAGUAUUUGAAAGGAUGAGGAAGUACCAGAUGACUGGUGUAGAGGAAGUAACACAGACACCUAAAGAAGAACAUGCUGUUAAUAAUGGUCCAGAACUCUUGAGGAAAAAACGUACAACUGUAGCUGAAAAAAAUACUUGUCAACUUUAUAUUCAGACUGAUCAUCUAUUCUUUAAAUAUUAUGGUACACGAGAUGCUGUGAUUGCUCAGAUAUCCAGUCAUGUUAAAGCGAUUGAUACAAUUUAUCAGACCACAGACUUCUCUGGAAUUCGUAACAUCAGUUUCAUGGUGAAACGAAUAAGAAUCAAUACUACUGCUGAUGAGAAGGACCCCACAAAUCCCUUUCGUUUUCCAAAUAUUGGUGUGGAGAAGUUUCUGGAAUUGAAUUCUGAGCAGAAUCAUGAUGACUACUGUUUGGCCUAUGUCUUCACUGACCGAGAUUUUGAUGAUGGUGUUCUUGGUUUGGCUUGGGUUGGAGCACCUUCAGGAAGCUCUGGAGGAAUAUGUGAAAAAAGUAAGCUCUAUUCAGAUGGUAAGAAGAAGUCCUUAAACACUGGAAUUAUUACUGUUCAGAACUAUGGGUCUCAUGUACCCCCCAAAGUGUCUCACAUUACUUUUGCUCAUGAAGUUGGACAUAACUUUGGAUCUCCACAUGAUUCUGGAACAGAGUGCACUCCAGGAGAAUCUAAGAAUUUGGGACAAAAAGAAAAUGGCAAUUACAUCAUGUAUGCAAGAGCAACAUCUGGGGACAAACUUAACAACAAUAAAUUCUCACUCUGUAGCAUUAGAAAUAUAAGCCAAGUUCUUGAGAAGAAGAGAAACAACUGUUUUGUUGAAUCUGGCCAACCUAUUUGUGGAAAUGGAAUGGUAGAGCAAGGUGAAGAAUGUGAUUGUGGCUAUAGUGACCAGUGUAAAGAUGAGUGCUGCUAUGAUGCAAACCAGCCAGAAGGGAAAAAAUGCAAGCUAAAACCUGGAAAACAGUGCAGUCCAAGCCAAGGUCCCUGUUGUACAGCACAGUGUACAUUCAAGACAAAAACUGAAAAGUGUCGGGAUGAUUCAGAUUGUGCAAAAGAAGGAAUAUGUAAUGGCAUUACAGCUCUCUGCCCAGCAUCUGACCCUAAACCAAACUUUACAGACUGUAAUAGGCAUACACAAGUAUGCAUUAAUGGGCAAUGUGCAGGCUCUAUCUGUGAGAAAUAUGGUUUGGAAGAGUGUACCUGUGCCAGUUCUGAUAGCAAAGAUGAUAAGGAAUUAUGCCAUGUCUGCUGUAUGAAGAAGAUGGACCUAUCAACUUGUGCCAGUACUGGGUCUGUGCAAUGGAACAAGCAUUUCAUGGGUCGAACCAUCACCUUGCAACCUGGAUCCCCUUGCAAUGAUUUUAGAGGCUACUGUGAUGUUUUCAUGCGGUGCAGAUUAGUAGAUGCUGAUGGACCUUUAGCUAGGCUUAAAAAAGCAAUUUUUAGUCCAGAGCUCUAUGAAAACAUUGCUGAAUGGAUUGUGGAUAAUUGGUGGGCAGUAUUGCUUAUGGGAAUUGCCCUGAUCAUGCUAAUGGCUGGAUUUAUUAAGAUAUGCAGUGUUCAUACUCCAAGUAGUAAUCCAAAGUUGCCUCCUCCUAAACCUCUUCCAGGCACUUUAAAGAGGAGGAGACCUCCACAGCCCAUUCAACAACCCCCGCGUCAGAGGCCCCGGGAGAGUUAUCAAAUGGGACACAUGAGACGUUAA